GCCACCUCCCUGGAGCUGCCCUACCGCUCACCCAUACCCUUCUCCAAGCAGGAGUUCUGGGAGAUGCUGGGUAGUGACCUGAUGAAGCCAGACACCUCCUCUUCCUCCCGCGUCAAACGCCGGCCCAUCGUCAAGACGGGCAAGUUCAAGAAGAUGUUUGGCUGGGGAGACUUUUACUCUAAUAUCAAGACGGUGCGCCUCAACCUGCUGAUUACCGGCAAGAUCGUAGACCAUGGCAACGGAACGUUCAGCGUCUACUUCCGCCACAACUCCACGGGCCAGGGCAACAUCUCAGUCAGCCUGGUGCCGCCGGUCAAGGCGGUGGAGUUUGACCUGGAGCGCCAGAGCGUGGUCUACCCCAAGGACUCUAAGAUCUUCAACUGCCGCGUGGACUAUGAGAAGGUGGACCGCAGCAAGCGCACGUCGCUGUGCAACUACGACCCGUCCAAGACCUGCUUCCAGGAGCAGACACAGAGCCAUGUCUCCUGGAUCUGUUCCAAGCCCUUCAAGGUCAUCUGUAUCUACAUCUCCUUCUACAGUACAGACUACCGCCUGGUCCAGAAGGUCUGCCCGGACUACAACUACCACAACGAGAUGCCCUACCUGCCCUCGGGCUAGAGGGGGACACACAGGAGGGGGAGAGGAGGGACGAGGGGAGGAGUGACUCUGUAGGGUGAGGGGCCACCAGAUUGAGCUGGAUUUAACGUUUUAUGUAAUUUGCUGCAACGCCUCACCAGACAACCCCUCGCUGUAGCCAGACUACUGUACCCUGUAAAAACGUAUAUAUGCAAAACAUACAGUAUGCACAGUGAGGCAUUGAUAUUUAGAGUGCUGUAAUGAAGCAUUCAUCGACAGGAACAGUAGUAACUAGCACGCCCAACAUCAUCACACACGUUUACCUCAACUCAAACCUCUAAUUUCGCUACCUACUUUGCUAAAUACAGAAAACGCCAGAAAAUGAAUGUUUUCGUGGACUACUGCACACUGUCAUUCAGGCGAGGUAGCACUCUACUUUCAAAAGGGCAUCUUCCAUUUGUUUCUGUAUGGACCCUUGUCCCAAUCUUUCUCAAUGCUCCCAUAUCCCACCCCUCUCUCUCCCCACCCCUAUGUCAUCCCAAUAGGCUAUCCCACCCAAUAUAUAUUCUAAAGGUAUGACAUUCUAUCAAACAUCAUCUCUCUCUUUCCCUGAAUUAUGUAACCUCUUUGACAUAGAAAAUAGAGAUUGAGAGAGUGUGAAAGAAAGAAAGAGAAAAAGGAGGAGAGAGAGAGAGAAAGAGAG